UUGGCCAGUCUGCUGCAAAUCCUGGAAAAUCUUGCAAGCAUAUUCUUGAAUCAAAGGACUCUGAAGGAGAUGGGGAAUACUGGAUCGACCCUGAGGGCAAAGGAAAUCCUUUGAAGGUCUACUGUGAUAUGAAAACUGACGGAGGAGGCUGGUUACUUGUAGCAAACUUUGUUUUGAACUCUACUUCACCCCCUGACUGGACCGCUGAGUCAUCAUACCGCGUAAUCAGAAACUUUGCCAACAACAAAAUGGGUAUCUCAGUGAGUGCACUGAAAGAACUCAGGUCACACUUGUCUUUCACUCAGCUACGAUUCCACUGCAGUAAGAAACAAGGUCGUACGUUCCACGUGACCACGGUCAGUAACAGCACCGGUGAAGCUGUGGUUGAGUACUUCAGCGGCCAGAAGGAUGUGCGUCCCGAUUCAUGUGGGUCUUUUCAGAGAAUGGAAGACGACAACUCUAAGUUGGUAAUUGAGUGUGAGAGUUGGAGUAAUGACGGAAAAUGGGGAUUUAAUGGAGGUGAUGUGGAACGGAGGCUGUACACAGGGUUCGCACGCGUUCCACGCAGCUAUCCUUGGAAUAUACUAGAUGGAUCCUGGUAUUGCGAUGAUUGGGAUCAUGAUCCCGUUUCGCCAGGAGAUUUUUGGAAAAUCUAUGUGCGCUAAAUAAUUAGUUCAACCAAAUAUCAAAACAAUGUUUGGUUAAGUUUUGAUCCAGUGUGGAACUACAAUUUCUCACUCUGUAAAAAGACAAACAAAUUGCUUUCAGUCAUUCGUUUGUUGACGCACGUCAUAAGAUGAAAACCUCGAUUGUAAGAUUUUCAGGUUUGCACGAUAACCUCAACACUAGCUUGUUCUCAUAAUGAUCGGUGUUAUAUCGCUAUACAUUUUCUUUUUAAUUAAGUAGUGUUAUAAAGUAGUUUGUCAUAUCUUGUAUAUGCGUUGGCAAUUUGCAUGAUGACAAGGACAAUUAAGGAUUUUCUAGUGAGAGUUGGGAAUAUUAUUUUAUAACAGUAUCUGAACUUUGUAGUGGCGCAAUUUGUAAGCUAUAUUUGUCUGUAACGAGGGUUGAUUAUCUAGGGUGUAAAAUAUGAUUUACAAC